AUGAAGUCCUUCAUCGCCGCCACCUUCGUCGCAGCUGUUGCCGCUCUCCCAGCGCCUCAGGUCGCAACCACUGAGCAGUCCUCCUUCGGCGGCCUGGCUCUUCGCUCUGCCAGCCCAAUCCACUUCGGCUCCAUCAACGCCAACGGCCUUGGAUUCUGGAUCCACAAGAACACCUCCACCUACACUGAGGCCGGCACCAUCGCAGAGCCAACCAACCCAUACACUUCCUUCACUCUCAACAGCGAGGUUGGCACUCUUGGCCUCGACACCGUCGUCCCAGGUGGCCAGCAAGUCUACGUCGACUACUCUCCCGACGGCCAGGCUGCUCUCAAGUUCACCCAGAUCCACUCCGUCAACACCGGCUCCAACGGCGUUGUUACCGGCUUCUCCAUCGUUGACGAGAACCUUUUGUUCGAGGGUGCCGGUUUCGUCGCUUGCCCUGAGGAGGAUGCCUACAAGAUCUACGCUGCUUCUCGUGGCACCAACGAUGCUUGCUUGGGAUUCUCUUUCCGCACUGUCUCUGGUGGCGAGACUGAGCCCGUCUGGUCUUACAGCAAGUAA